ACGGCUUUAAAACGUGACUUAAGUUGGUUUCUGCUACAAACAAAUUCAGACAAAGAGUCUUUCUUGCAGUGAGAUCCCAUUUCACUUCCUCUAAUAUCAAAGAACACAACGGUCGGUGGUUGAAGAAAAGAACAAACAAACUGUCUCAAGUUAACGAGGACAACCUGAUCCCUUUUUGCAAAGAUGUCAUUGAAGCUUUUAGAGGCAAAGUGGAAACCAGCCCUGAGCUCCAUCCUGGAGGAGCUGACUGAGGCAGAAUUCAGGAUGAUGCUGUUCAAUCUGUUCAAAAUCCCUCAAGGAGUGAAGGAUGGCAAGGCCAGAGAAUAUAUCCCUGAUUUAAUCGUUCAGUACUACGGGACAGAAGGGUCCAUCUUUGAAAUAGAUAAAAUAAUGAAGAAUAUACCAAGGAACGAUGCUGCAGUCCAGGAGCCGCUGCGUCCCUUUGUGGAGAAACUGAAGAAACAACGGCAGGGAAAAAAAGGGACAAUGAGAAAACUUUCAAUUGACCACGGAUCAGCGACCAAGAAGCAAAAACCUGCUGCUGAUCAACUGAAGAGCUGCCAACCUGAGCAGGUGAGAAAGACAAAGAUGGAUCCUGUUAAUGCUGCAAAGCCCAAAAAGAAGAACGAGACGCAAGAUUCAUCCCUGAAACAUCAAGCAUCAGCAUCAAAUAAUAUGGAUUGUGUUGGAGCGGUGGAGACUGAAAAGAAGACAGAGGAGCAAGAUUCGUCCCUGAAACCAGUUGAAUCCAUAAAAACCUCAAAGGCUCUAAGUGCUGCUGUCCAGACUGGAAGGAUUCAAAUAAUGGGAAUUAAAAUGUCCAGUAAGAAGAAAACUUACCUGCUGGUAGAGUUCAACGGCCGGAUGCAGACGGUGUUUGUGACAACUCGACUUCUGGCAAACACAUUUGGCCUCGAAGUGGAAGAUGAUUUAGAAAGGAGACUCCGCUAUCAAAUGCCGCUCACAGCAGAAGCAAAACUUCAAGGAAAUAAAGUUAUAUACAUUAAAAAGAUGGAUCCUGUUGGCGAAGUGAGGACUGAAGAGCAAGAUUUGUCUCUGAAACUAGCAGCACCGUACAAAACCUUCAAGGUUCAAAGUGCUGCUGUCCAGACUGGAAGGAUUAAAAUAUUGGGAAUUAAAAAGUCCAAUAACACAAACAUUCACCUGAUGGUAGAGUUCAACGGCAGGAAGCGGACGUUUUUUUUGACAAAUCGACUUCUGGCAAACGCAUUUGGCCUCGAAGUGGACGAUGAUUUUGAAAGAAGACUCUGCUCUCAAAUGCCGCUCACAGCAGAAGCAACAAUACAAGGGAAAAAAAAAAUUACAGACAUUAAAAAGAUGGAUUCUGUUGGAGCCGAAACGAUGGAACAGAAGACAGAGAAUAAAGAUACGUCCCUGAAACCAGCCGAAUCCUCCAAAACCUCCAAGGCUCAACGUGCUGCUGUCCAGACUGGGAGGAUUAAAAUAAUGGAAAUUAAAACAUCAAAAAAGAACAAAAAGAACAAAAAGCUGGUAGUAGAGUUCAACGGUCAGAUGCAGAAGUUUUUUGUGACAACUCGACUUCUGGCAAACGCAUUUGGCCUCAAAGUGGACGAUGAUAUAGAAAGGAGACUCCGCUCUCAAAUGCCGCUCACAGCAGAAGCAACAUUACAAGGAAAAAAAAUCACAGACAUUAGGGUUAACCCUAACCUGGAGAUGAGCGAACGUACGAGUACGUUAGGAUCACUAGCCGAGAAGCAAAAACCUGACGCCGGGAAGAAGAGGAAACGUGAGGAGGAGGAGGAGGAGGAGGAAGAGUGGAUAGAUGUGACUUCAGAUCACCCUAAAAUCCGAAUUCUUGAGAUCUUUGAUGGGAAAGUUGUUCAGAAAUCUGGGCUGCGCAUGUAUAAAACCCCAAAAAAAGAGAAGAAGUUUUUCUUUUAUCUGGCUGUCGCUGAUGAGAAAGCCAGCGUUAAAGUGAUGGUAUAUGGAAAAAAACGUUUCCAAGAAAUUAAGGAGGAGAGCUCCUACUUGUUCAAAAAGCUAAUAAUAGAUGAGUAUGGUGUUAAGGUUACCAAGUCAAGCAAAGUGUUACAGAUGAGCCCUGUUGACGUCCCAGAGAAGCGUGAGACGGAAGCUCGGAAGCUAAUUUAUCCCCAGAGCCCAAUGUACUCCAUUAAAGAAGCCAAAUUAUCUGCUGACAAGACAGAAGUGAGCGUGGAAGGAACCAUUACAGACAUUGAUCCUGUCCAAAAGACUGAUGGUAAGGACGACACAGACAGAGGUUUCCAACUAAAAGACAACACUGAUUCCAUCGACAUCUUCAUGUGGGGGGACGCCAUCGAGCAAUGCAAAGGAUUAUUGGUCGGAGAUGUUGUUAAGGUUACCAACAUGAAGAUCCAUCAGUUCUUUGAAACAACGCUGAACUCAACUGUAUACAGCAGAAUUGAAAAGGUUCAAAGUGUCGGUACCAAGAAUGCGAGAAUUGAGAUUAUAGGGAUCAUAAAAGCCAGUCAGGAAGAGACUUACCUGGAGGCAGAGUUCAACAACCAGCCGCACACGUUUGUUGUGGAUUCUCCACUUCUGGCAAAGACGUUUGGCUUCGAACUGGAUGAAGAUUUUGAAGAAAGCCUUCUUGAUAAAAUACCACUCUCAGCAGAUGCAGAAAUACAAGGAAGCGUAUUGCUGAACUCAACUGUAUACAGCAGAAUUGAAAAGAUGGAUCCUGUAGAGCUAGAAGAGGAAGAUUCAUCCCUGGAAGCAGCUGAAUCCUCCAAAACCUUCAAGAUGACAUCAAGGCUUUUAGAAAAAAGUUGGAAAAGAGCACUGAGCUCCAUCCUGGAGAAGCUGACUGAGCGACAAUUUGCGAAGAUGCUUUUCAAUCUGGUCAAAUUCCCUGUAAAAUUGAAAACUGGCAAAGCCAGAAGAUACAUCUCUUAUUUAAUCUUCGAGCACUUCGGGACAUAUGGGUCCAUCUCUGAAAUAGAUAAAAUAAUGAAGAUGAUACCAAUAAAUGACACUGCCGUCCAGAAGCUGCUGCGCCCCUUUGUGGAGAAACUGAAGAAACAUCGGCAGGAGGUAAAAGGGACGACAAGCAAUCGUGCUUCUGUUCCAGGAUCAGUGACCAAGAAGCCAAAACCUUUUUUUGACUUGGUCCAAUUGGACCCAGUAGAGGACAUCGACCCAGAAGAGGACAUCGACCCAGAAGAGGACAGUGACCAAAGAGUAGAGUUGGGUACCGAACCCUGUACUUUUACCGGCACCGACCGAAUCAAUACAAUAAUCGGUAUUACCGAGUAUUGGUUCACUUAAAAUCAAACGGUGCCAAAUUUUGGUACUUUCAUGUGCAUCAGGAGCAGUGAGCACCAGCUGACGAUAUGCCUGAGCUGAAGGGUUCUACGAGCUGUGCAGACUAAGUCCGCUAUGAGCCAGAAAAGGUAACCCUUUGCUAGCAAGAUUCAAAGUCAAUAACACUGUGUACAGUUGACAGUCAGUACAAAUAAUUUGAAAGUAUGUUUAACAUCAAGACAAGCUAGCUAUCCAGCCAGGUCAUUAACCGCUUUCCGACUGGAGGGAUUUUUGCAGUUCCUAGAACAUAACGUUCCUAGAACCCUUUUUUUCUCGUGUUCAGACUGGACCAAU